AUGCCCAGCGUCCCACUCCACCCUCCCUCCGCGCCAUCGGCCACUGUGCUCGGCGUCGAAAACCCGCUGCCACAGCUUUUGCAGACGCCCUCGGGCCUAGCCAUGCUCGAGAUCCAAGGCACCAUUCACUCGUCUGCCGCACAGCCCGAUCCCGAUGCUGUUCCGUCGUCCGACACCCACAUGCCCGUGGGCAAGCUCGUCUUUCCCCACUACUCGCCCAAUGACCCGGUCGAGAACAAAGCCUGGAUGAAGCGUGUCCAUAUGUAUGUCGGCAAGCAUCAGCGCAUGACGGGCGAGGUCAAGGAGCUCCCGAAGCCCGUGGCAGUCAUUCGUCGCAGGCCGGGUACGAGUGAGGAGGAUGGACAAGAGGAAUUGGAGAUCGUCGACAUAGUCCGCCACAAGAUCAUCUUCUCGUCUCGUCCGGAGCCGGUGAGCGGCAGCUGA